AUGGAUAAUUGCCCAAGCUGCUCAAGAAAAGUGUAUGUGAUUGAAAAGAUUGAAGCCAAUGGUCGUGUCUAUCAUAAAAACUGUUUCAAGUGUGUAGAAGAAGGAUGUCGUUUAACGCUUGCAAACUUUCAUUUUCAUAAUGAAGAGCUCUUUUGUCCCAAACAUGUUCCAAAGCUUCAAGCAGUUGUGGUUCAAACAAAGAAUCAGCCUGAACAUAUGGGUCGUCUUUAA